UGACACACACAACGAAAACAACAACAUUCGCCAAGAACAAUAAUAUUAUCUCACAUUCGUCUUCGUCAAAUUGUGAAUUUAUAAUUACGACGAUUUAGAUUAACGCUUUUGUAUUUCUGGCCGAGCAGAAUUUCCUUGUUUUUUUGUGGUGAUUUGAGAUCUAUGCUGAAGAUGCCACAGUCACCCCCACCUCCGAACAUUGAAAAUGACAACAAACCUUCGAAAGCCAGCCGUCGACCUUCUUACAUUCGAUUCAAGAACACCACAGAGCGGAAAGUAGAUGUAAUUUGGAUUAAUUAUGACGGGGUGAGGGUCAAGUAUAAGACUCUUCAACCGAAAGAGUUCUUUGAUGUUACUUCUUUUGUAAGCCAUCCCUGGAUAUUCCGUGACUCUGAUAACCACACUAAACUCAUUUGUAGCUCAAGAGAGAUAUUUGAUUGUCCAGAGCCAGUCUAUGUCAAAGUAAACGAUGGUGUUCGGGCUACACGGAAAUUAGUUAACAUUUCACUACCACUCUAUUCCUUACAUGAUUGUGCAAUGCAAGCAAUACAGAAGAUGAUGAAGGACCCUGAUGACGUAUAUGCCUUGGAAAUUCCAAGUAGUCUUCAAAAAGAGCUGUACGAUAGGGUGCGAUUCGCAAUAUGAUGGAUCCAUGGAUGGACAAAUAUUGUGAUCAAAUCUCAAACGACUGGAUUCAAUUUAGAACGGUCCUAUCCAAUUUCCACAAUAUUGACUAUUUUUACUACGAGUCGAGAAACUUUAUAUUUUAUUAAGUAAUGAGACAAUUGCCGGUGCUAAUUACUAUUAUUAAUUAACAUGUUAAAAGAAACCCAAAAUAUAUAUAAUUGACAUAAAAAAAUGUUAAGGUACGCACGACAUAA